CAGCAUUCGUUCCUGAAGAAUUGGCACUUACCUCAAACAUGGCUCGGCGCGUGAAGGCCUUUGAUCAGGACGCCCCGGCGAACUAUGUGGCCGGUCUCGGUCGCGGGGCCAUUGGGUUCACCACCCGAUCGGAUAUUGGUCCCGCCAGGUCGGAUGAUCCCACGGACAUCGCAGCGACUGGCAUCCCCGGCAUGGGCCGUGGUCGAGGUGUGCCGCUCCCGCAACAGCCCGCCCCAGCGAUGAUGAUUCCACCUGGUGGUCGAGGCUCCGGUACGGCAGGUGUAGGUGGGUUUGGUCGUGAAGUGGACGCAAGUGGAGACCGUGGCGAUUACAGUGAGUUCGACGAGUUCUCUGGGUAUUCUGGCGCAGGAUUGUUCAACGAUACGCCGUACGACAAGGACGAUGCCGAAGCCGACGACAUCUACGCCCAAGUGGAUGAACACAUGGACAACAGACGUAAGCGCCGCCGCGAGCUAAAGCAACUGGAAGACAUGAAGAAGGCUCGACGGGAGCGACCGAAGAUCUCCGAUCAAUUCGCGGACCUCAAGUCGAGCUUGAAGGGGGUCAGUGACGCGGAAUGGGAAGCAAUUCCUGACAUCGGAGACCAUUCCCUGCGGUACAAGGCUUCACAGAAGAAGAGCGACAUCUUUACGCCAGUUCCCGACCACAUCUUGGACACCCGCGCGUCGACGACGGCGUCCAACGUGGUUCUCGGCGGGGACACGCCGCUCCAGACCGGCACGUCCAUCAGCGGCAUGACGUCUUCUCUAACCGGGUUGGCCGAAGCUCGAGGCGCUGUGUUGUCGCUCAAGCUAGACAAGAUGUCCGAUUCGAUUUCCGGCCAAACCGUGGUCGAUCCCAAGGGAUACAUGACCGAGCUCAACAGUCUCAAGAUCACAAGUGACGCCGAAGUGGGCGACAUCAAGAAGGCGCGGCUGCUCCUGCGCAGUGUCACGAUGACCAACCCCAAGCACGCGCCGGGGUGGAUUGCCGCGGCGCGGCUGGAAGAAGUGGCCGGGAAGGUCGUGCAGGCGCGCAAGGUGAUUGCCGAAGGCUGCGAGUCGUGCCCGACCAACGAAGACGUAUGGCUCGAAGCAGCGCGCCUUCAGACGCCAGAGAACGCGCGCACGAUCCUCGCGACGGCCGUCCGCCACGUGCCGACCUCUGUCAAGGUGUGGCUGCAAGCUGCCAAGCUCGAGCCCACCGACGAAGCGACGAAAUUGGUGCUCCGGCGUGCAUUGGAGUUUAUCCCGAACGCCGUGGCCAUCUGGAAGGCGGUGAUCGAGCUGGAAGACGUGGACGGCGCGCGGCUCAUGCUGGGGCGGGCGGUCGAGUGCGUGCCGCAGUCUGUCGACAUGUGGCUGGCCCUGGCGCGCCUCGAAACGUACGAACGGGCCAAGCAGACGCUCAACAAGGCAGGGGCGACCAUCCCCACGGACCACACGAUCUGGAUUGCCGCCGCCAAGCUGGAAGAAGCCAACGGCAAGGACGCCAUGGUGGACAAGAUCAUCGUCCACGCCAUGAAGCGGCUGCGCAAGUAUGAUGUACGAAUCGACCGCGACACAUGGCUCAAGGAGGCCGAGGCGUGCGAGACGGCCGACGCGCCGCUAACGUGUGCCGCCCUCGUCAAACAUUCGCUGGCGCUGGGCGUGGACCCCGAGGACCAGAAGCGGACGUGGAUGGACGACGCCGACACGAGCGCCAGCCGCGGCGCGAUUGUGACGGCCAAAGCCAUCUACCACCACGCGCUCCAAGUGUUUCCGACGAAAAAGUCCAUUUGGUUGCGCGCCGUGGCGCUGGAAAAGACACAAAACGGCCCCCGCGUCAUGGAAUUGCUUGAGAACGCGGUGCAGAACUGCCCCCAGGCGGAAAUCCUGUGGCUCAUGGCGGCCAAGGAGGCGUGGGUCGGCGGCAGCGUCGAACAAGCCCGCUCCAUCCUGCGCCAAGCAUUCAAUGCCAACCCCAACAGCGAAGAGAUCUGGCUAGCCGCUGUCAAACUCGAGUGGGAAAACGACGAAAUGGAGCGCGCGCGGGCGCUGCUGGCCAAAGCGCGGUCGCAGGCCCCGACGGCGCGGGUGUGGAUGAAGUCGGUGCUGCUGGAGCGAGAGGCGCGGACGCACGGGGACGGCGACGCCAAGGCGCGAGAGGAGGCGCUGCUGACCGAGGGCCGGACGAGGUACCCGACGUUUGAGAAGCUGCACAUGAUGGCUGGGCAGUUCUAUGAGGACUUGGGCGAUUUGGACGGUGCGCGGAAACACCUGCGCGACGGGUUGGCAUCUUGCCCCAAGAGUAUUGCGCUGUGGAAGCAGUUGACUCGACUGGAAGAGAAAACAAAGGGCGAGAUGAAGGCGCGGUCGGUGCUGGAAAGCGGCCGGUUGAAAAACCCAAAGAACCCCGAGCUGUGGCUCGAAGCGAUUCGAUUAGAAGCGCGGCAUCACAACGACAAGGGCCAGGAGAACUUGAUGGCGAAAGCGCUGCAAGAGUGCCCCGACGCUGGCAUCUUGCUCGCCGAGUCCAUCGACAUUGCGCCGCGCACGCAGCAGCGCCGGGUGUCUCUGACGGCGCUCAAGAAGAAGGACAACGACCCCGCCGUGUGUCUGUCCGUGUCGAAACUCUUUUGGAAUGAACGCAAGUACUCGAAAGCCCGCAAAUGGCUGGAGCGCACGGUGCAGUUGAACCCAGAUUUUGGAGACGGAUGGGCGUAUUACUAUGCGUUUGAGCUCAAGCAUGGCAACGAGCUGCAACGAGAAGACAUAUUGAACCGAUGUAUCAAGGCGGAACCUCGCCACGGCGACCUCUGGUGCAGCAUCUCCAAGCAGACGCUCAACCGCAAGAAGAAAGUGGGCGACGUGCUGAAAUUGGUCGUGGCCUCUUUGCCUGUGAUCAACAUCCCCCAAGUGAUAGCCACGUGAUUAGUUCUAACGAUUAAACACAUGUUGGCAUCAUGUACUUGUA